GUACACCAGAGAUAGACACAGCGUGUGAGGCGUGUCCGCAGGGCCUGUUCUCCAGCCGGAUGUCUGCCAGCGAGCCGUGUGUGCCUCACAGGAACUGCUCUGAGCUGGGCUUGAAGACCCUCCGACCAGGGACCCCCACCCAGAAUGCACUGUGUGAGAACAAGGCUGAAGGAUCUGUCCUGGAGUGCUCCCAACACCACACACAGUGUCACACUGACGUUUCGCUGUGUGAGGAGGCCAUCUUCCAGUCUCUGGCGUCUCUCCGUCUGUCCUCCGUCCCCCUGGAGCGUCUCCUGGAGAGCCUGCCUGGGAAGAGGGUGGACAGGAAGAGUCUGGAGAGGCUUAAGAAGGCCUGCUCCCCCCAGCAGCAGAUACUACUCCUAUUGAGACUCUGGAGAGAACAGAACAAAGACCAGGUUAAACUCCACGGCAUCAUUCAAGGUGUGAACCAAUGUGAGCGUAAGGUGUCCAGGUGUGCGGGUUUGAAGAACCUGACCCUGGGUGACCUGAUGAUGGUGAUGAAGAGUCUUCCAGGGGUCCGGGCUCACGAGGAAGACAUCAGGGCCGUGGUCUCCUCAUGCCGCUCCCAGCAAUACCUCCUGCAGCUCCUACACCUUUGGAAGAACCAGAACACGGACCUGGACAUUAAUAAGGGUCUGGCUCACAGCCUGAGCAGGCUCCGGCAGCAGGGGGCACCACGUCCGCUCCUCAGGAGCAUCAAGAAGAUCAACCGGAUCAUCUCCACCUCCUCCAUACACAAGAUGUACGAGAAGAUGUUCCUCAACAUGAUCGAGGACGGGACCUGCUUCAACACCAAACCUUACAACCAAUAGGAGAAA